GAAAGGUGAAAGGUGAAAAAGGGGCGGGGCCCGCUGCCGCGGAGAGGUCAUGGCUGCCGCCGCUGAAGAGAGGAAUCAACUUCGGCAUGUGGAGAAAGAUGUUCUUAUUCCCAAAAUGGUGAGAGAGAAAGCCAGAGAACUCUGCUCAGAUAAGGUUGAAGCGUUUACCAAAUGCUGCAAGGAGAAAGGGUUUUUAAUGGUUAUAAAAUGCAGAGAAGAAAAUGCUGCACUUAAGGAAUGUCUUACUUACCAUUAUAAAGAUUCAGCAUUAUAUGAAGAAUGUAAACAAGAAUACCUAAAGGAGAGGGAAGAAUUCCGUCAAACUGGAAUUCCUUCUAAGAAAAGGCAGCAGAAAGUCCCCAGCAGCAUGUAGAAUAAGCCAAUUGAAGAAGCCAGAACUGAAGAGGGAACACUCACAGAAACCUGUUCAUUGUGAAGAAUCAUUCAUCAUGUUUGAUAAAUACAGUUUUACAAUUGCUAUAUUAUGUCAGAUUGAUUUUUGGAAUUUUUUAAAAUUAGAAAAUUGAACUAUUACUGUUUGUAGAUUCAGCACUUUUCAAAUUUUAUAGCAUAUAUUUCUUAAAUUUAUUUUACAUUGUUUCUUUCAUGCAGAAUUCCAUAAUUAUUGACUAAGGCAUGUGAUUCAAUAAAAUGUCA